UCGGAAGUUCCUUUGUGCGCAUGUUCAGGGUGUGACUUCCUGUGUACACAAAUUGUCAUGUCCGCAGACUUACAGAGAUCAUAGAAGUCAUGUCCUCCGCGCUCAGUCAGAAAGUAAACCUAUACUCGGGGAAGAAAUGCUUUGUAGCGCUAAAGCGAUUAUUGCACUACGUUCAAGGACAGUCGCCAGAACCAAAAAUACGGGAAUACUUUUACUAUAUCGAUCACCAAGGACAAGUAAGCCCGUAGAGUUGGGAAAACACGGAUCAAACUUAAAUUACUUUGACCACAUAUAUUAUCUUUUCCUAGAUGAUGCUAAGAUGAAAAACUUCACAUCAUGCUUUAAAGAAAAAGAAUUUCUUGUUUUCUUCUUUCAACAUCUUAAAAAGAAUGACACAGAGCGGUAUAGGACUGAUUUCCCUUAUAUAUCAUUAUGUGGACGCGAGAGAAAUUAUGUGCGUUGUGAGGAUAGACCAAUUGUUUUUACACACAUCAUCUAUGCUGCUGAUGCUGCUGAAACUGACAGGUUUUCAUAUGCUUGGGCUGGAGAUAAACUGACAGUGAAGUUCGAGCCAGAGAAAGUGUGCAUGCUACCCGAGACUGGCCGAGUCUACCACCCAGCUCCAGAGAAGGCAGGGGGUGUUGGGUUGGUCAGGUCCAGUCUAGCCAAUGAACUCAGCAAAGAGUUUGAUUUUCUAAAUGGAGAGACUUUACCACCAACUCAUUUCACAUGGAAAAAUAUUCGUUAUCAACUUUCAAAUGAAUUGUAUGACACUAUACGCCGUGAAGUUUGAUGUGUUUUGACAGCAAACCAUCGUAUGUUUUCUGAUUUUUUAAAUUACAAGGAGAAAGUAAGGAACUUUCCAUUUGAAAUUUUAAGUUGUUCUCUUACACCAAAAGUAUGUUACACUUAACAUGACAUGGAUCCCAAAAAUGCAUUGGCAUAACAUUUGGUGAAGAAGUAUUGGGUGAUAAAAAUAUCUUAAAGAACAAUGAAACAUUUAGACUAGAAGAAAUUGGAUCUCCGAGCGCAGGGAAUUCAGUCAUAGAAUAUACAUUCUUGUUGCCUGAAAUGUUGUACAGUGCAUGAUUCUUUAAUCUUAUGAGGCCCCCCCCCCCCAA